UGACAUUAAAAAUACACGUUUAAAUGACGUUUGACCCGAUACCCAACGAGCCAACAAUCAAACCACAAUGGACAUAAACGAAGAAAUGAUUAAGCAGGAAGUCAACAGUUUUGUGUCCAACAUACAAAGACUGCUCCCGAAGAAAAAGGAUAUUAUCGUUUUCGCGCCAAUGAAUUCGAGACUGACGAGGCUAAGAGAUAUUCACGCUGAAGCAAAGAAAGUGUUCCCAUCUUGCUUUAUCGGCGCCAAGCUGGUAGUGACGAGAGAGUUGCUGGAUAAAGUAAAGUUAAUACAGCAGUACAAUUAUGGUAUACCCAAAAACAAACAUAAAUGCUUGGCGCAGUUAAUUGACCAGGAACUUGAACCUAAGGACGUUGAAGACGGAAUGAUUAUCGAUUCAGCUGGCUGUGCUACAGCCACAUAUACGGACAAGAUUGACCGUGACUACAUAAUACGGUUGCAGUCGAAAAUCAAAGACCUUGUGUCAUCAGAAACGGAAGUGUUUAUUGAAAGGCAGCUAGCGAAGUCUGUGGGCAUGGUCGCGUGCUCCGUCAGGGACGUAGACCCUAGAACGUUGCGUGUUGUCACGCAAUGGAUGUACAAGCUGCGCCCAGACUUUUACCUCGGCACGGAAGUCGUGUUCAAACCGUUAUCGUACAUGUCCACGCUGGAGUACUCGAUCAGCGCGCGAUACGAGAAGCCCAGAUUCGCAAUCUCAUCAACGAUCAGCAAAAGCGGUUUUCAGGUAUGUUUGUACAAGCAGUUCGCGGCCGAUCUGCGAAUAGCAACCGUGGUGGACGAGGACCUCAAAGGCGACACAACCGUCGGCGUUGCGCUCCAAAAGAAUUAUGGAAACGGGGGAGAAUUGAAGAUGUUUGUUAAUUCACAACGAUGCGGCGGGUUUACUUACCAAAAGGAUGUUUAUUUUUACGAGCCGCAUAAUGAGAUACGCGUUUUGCGGCUUGUUGGCAGCACUUUAAUAGACCGGCAGAGACGGUUGCGGUUUGGCUUCGGUUUCCACCUGGAUUUUUGAUUCUUUAUAUCUCCGUUGAAUAAAUUGGCUGUCACUCUGAGGCUCGUUUUUUGUACAUCUAUAUGUUUGUAUAUAAGUAUACAUAAGUUUUAGUUAUUAGUGUUAUUGUUUUAUAUUGUUAAUGUUUCUUCAAUUAUGGAGUUUAGAGUUAUUAAAAGUUAUUGAUGGUA